AUGAGUCUGCAGUACGACAAGCUUCUGUUGUUUGGUGACUCGAUCACUGAGUUUGCCUUCAAUCCGGAACAGUUCAGCAUUGGGACCGCGCUCACUAAUGCGUACACUCGGAAGUUGGACGUUGUCCAGCGCGGGUUCUCCGGGUACAAUUCGCGAUGGGGGGUGCGUAUCUUGAAGAAGCUGCUCUCGAGCGAGUCCGGGAACAUUGUCAUGGCUGUGGUGUUCUUUGGUGCGAACGACGCCUGUCUGGGCGGGCAUCAGCGCGUUGACGUGGCCGAGUACGUUCAGAACUUGCAGGCAAUGGUGCGUAUGUUGCAGGAUCGCAGGAUCAAACCAAUUGUAGUUUCCCCGGGGCUCAUUGAUCGGGGGACGUGGGAUGCGUCCCGGCAGGAGGAGAUCAGCGCAGGGUACGUCCGCACGAACGAGCAGUUCAAACUGUAUGCUGAAUCUCUGGUAGACUGGACACAGCGCGAGAACAUACCCCUUGUAAACCUGUACAAAGCGUUCUCGGAGCAAAAGAAGCACAAAUGCGAGGACCUUUUGGCAGAUGGACUCCACUUGUCAGGCGACGGUUACCGCAUCUACUACGACGAACUUUGCCGAGUGAUUGACGAAUUCUACCCAGAACUGUCGGCGAGUAACCUCCCGUACAAACUUCCCUACUGGCGAGACGUGAAGGAGGACGGGUCCAACAUCUUUGAGUAA